ACUAACUCCAAACACAGCCUUACAACGCACGUACACAUGGAGGUAAGCUGUGCCGUCGUACAAAUCACGCUCAUCCUCGUCGAGAAAUGAAGAAAUAAAUGCGCUGCUCUCCGCUUCCAAAUCCCCAAUUCCUUUAUUCUAGGGUUUCCUCCUCAUCUUCUGCUUCAUUUGCAUCUCAACGUUAGCGGUUUCCCUUAGACAUGAACUAAGGUAAACUUUCGAAUUUGAAGGUGUUGGUAUAUUGUAAAAUGAAGUUUGAAGGUUGAGAUUCAUACGCUUGUUAGUUUGAGUAUAAACCCUAUUGGUCAGAACUUAGAAUUUUGUUAGAAUCCAGAUUGGAAUGAUUGUGAAUGGUCCUGGUUUCUUGUAGUUAUUUUUUGUGGUUGUAUUAGCAGUUUGGAGAUUCGUUGGGCAGGGGGUUGCUGCUUUCGGGAGCUGGGGCUUGUUUUGGAUUCUUUUCUUCCUAGAAAAAGAUAUUGUUAAGAUAUUUCCUUGAAGGUUUACUUGGUGAUCUCUAACAUGAGUCUGAAUAGAAGCCAAAGUCCAGAACGAGGCAAGAGGUUCCGCAGCAGUGAACGCACAUCUUACCGUGAUGCCCCAUAUCCUAGAGAGCGCCGCAGUCAUCGGCAAGAUUAUCUUUGCAAUAAAUGUAAACGGCCAGGGCAUUUUGCCAGGGAUUGUUCGAAUAUGACUGUCUGCAACAACUGUGGACUUCCUGGCCACCUUGCUGCUGAAUGCAACUCAAUAACCAUGUGCUGGAACUGUAAGGAGCCUGGACAUCUUGCAAGCCAAUGCUCAAAUGAUCCAGUCUGUCAUAUGUGUGGUAAGAUAGGGCACCUGGCUCGGGAUUGCGCGAACCCUAGUCUUCCAGCCCAUGAUGCAAGACUAUGCAACAACUGUUACAAGCCAGGUCAUAUUGCAGUGGAUUGCACAAAUGAGAAGGCUUGCAACAAUUGUCGGAAACCUGGUCACCUUGCUUGCAACUGCCCCAAUGAACCUGUUUGUCACACCUGCAACAUAGCAGGUCACAUUGCCCGCCAGUGCGCCAAGUCAAGCCGGGCACCAGACAUCGGCGGCCCUUUCCGCGACAUUAUGUGCCGUAAUUGUGGGCUGCCAGGCCAUGCCAUCCGAGAGUGCGUAUCCAUUGUCAUCUGCAACAACUGUGGUGGAAGGGGUCACCAAGCUUAUGAGUGCCCUUCUUCUGCCUUGAUAUGUGGUCGUCGUGGCAUCCGUAAGUAUUGACCACCUAAUGGGUAGAGGUCUCAUUUGUAGGAUUUGCUUCUCAAGUUGUGCUACAGCAAUUAUGGAUCUAUCUAUAUAUCUUCCUUCAAAAUC